AUGAGUGGUCACGAAGACGGUGGUAUGCCCAGUUCUCCUCGAGACAUUGGUAUUGGUACUAACGAGAUGUCAGCAUCUUUCUCAAGCACGGGUACGGCUAGUACGCGCUCUACUUCUAACAACGCUUCUUUUGUGGCGAACGGUACGAACUCUCCAGAGCCUGUCUCUGUGAGCGGUGAUCCCGGAUUGCCUCGGAAGCCUGCUAUUGGUCUGAUCAGCCAUCACGUGUGCGAGAAGAUCAAGGGUUCUGUUGACCAAGACAUACAAGAAUGGUUCGGUACCUUCGAGAUGGCUACCUCUGCUUGCGGUUGGGAUGAUGUUCAGCGUGGUACAUACCUCGGUCUCUAUCUCAUUGGUUCUGCACAGCGAGUUUGGCGUUCGACUUGUUCUAAGGGUGAUUAUCAGACGGCUCGUACCACUCUGCUUAAGGCCUUCGAUAAAUCCAAGACCGCUGAUGCUGCUCUUCUACGGUUCAAGGGGUACGCCUGGGAUGGCAAGAUCACCUUGUCGGAGUAUACUCCGAACUUAUCGCAAGCCCUCCAAGAUUAUAGUGCUCUGCUCCCGAACGACUCGAAGAUUCGCUUUGCUGUGUUGGAGACUCUACUGAUUGACCGUGUUUGCGAGACAGCCACUGGUUCGGCUAAGGCAGAGAUGCGCCGUCAUCGCCCCAAGACAUUCCGUGAAGCUUGCGAGGUCCUGGACGCUCACUCGGAAGAUGUGACUGCCAAUGCCACCUCUCGUACCCAACAAGUGAAUGCGAUAACGUCUCCCUCUUCCGAACGUGUUGACUCAGAGAACAUCUCGGUGGUAUAG